AUGGCUCAAAGACCAUCUGCGCCCGGCACCCAUAAUUUUCGUAUUUGGCCUUCUGAGCCCACAAAACAUCAACCGAAUCCUCUUCAGAUUACCUUUUUGGAAUAUCAGAUUGCUGAGUUGAAAUUGCAGCAUUCAUUCGUUAUUCGGGAAAAUAAUAAUCUUCGUUCUCAGCUUUCUUUUCUUAUUCAAGAAAAUAAUAAUCUUCGUUCUCAA